UGCUGUUUUGUUGCUCGGUUCACAUCACUCGGAUUUAUCUCCAAAGCUACACAGAUCAGCUCACUGUCUUAAUUUAAUAAACUCUCUCAUCAUAUGCGUGAUAAAUGAUGAUCAGUAUGGCCUCAACAUCAUGCGAGAAGACAGUAGGACCCAAAAAGAAAAACGAGAAGAAGAUUGCAUCUAAAGAGGAGUUCAGAUUAUUGUCCAAUAUCAUGGGUGUUAUGAAUAACUUGAGGAAACAGGGGAUCCUCUGUGAUGUCAUACUGGUGGUGGAGGGGAAACACAUCCUGGCGCAUAGAGUGGUGCUGGCCGCCGCAAGCCACUUCUUCAAUCUCAUGUUCACAUCGAGCAUGAUGGAAGCCACGAAUCAUGAGGUCGAGCUCGGAGGAGCAGAACCUGAGAUCAUUGAACUACUGGUUGAGUUUGUCUACACGGCACGGAUCUCAGUGAACAGUAAUAAUGUUCAGUCUCUGCUGAACGCUGCUAAUCAAUAUCAGAUUGAACCUGUGAAGAAGAUGUGUGUGGACUUCCUGAAAGAGCAGGUGGACGCGACCAACUGUCUGGGCAUCAGUGCAUUGGCUGAAUGUCUGAACUGUCCCGAGCUGAAGAUCGCGGCGGAUGAUUUCAUUCAUCAGCACUUCACUGACGUUUAUAAAAUGGAUGAGUUUCUACAGCUGGAUGUUAAACAGGUGACGCACCUGCUGCAGCAAGACACACUGACCGUCAGAGCCGAAGACCAGAUAUAUGACGCAGCUGUUCGGUGGCUCAAGUACGACGUGUUGAAUCGGCAGCAGUACAUUGUUGACAUUCUGGGAAAAGUUCGAUUCCCUCUCGUAUCCAAAAACUUCCUCAGCAAGACGGUCCAGGCCGAACCGCUGAUCCAGGAUAAUCCAGAGUGCCUGAAAAUGGUCAUCUGUGGGAUGCGAUAUCAUUUAUUGUCUCCAGAAGACCGCGAGGAGCUCGGUGAGAGCAGUCGACCGCGCCGCAAGAAACACGACUACCGCAUCGCUCUGUUCGGAGGCUCACAACCGCAAUCCUGCCGUUACUUUAACCCAAAGGAUUACAGUUGGACAGACAUUCGCUGUCCGUUUGAGAAACGUCGUGACGCCACGUCUGUGUUCUGGGACAAUGUUGUGUACAUCCUGGGCGGCUCUCAGCUCUUCCCCAUUAAACGCAUGGACUGCUAUAACGUGGUGAAGGACAGCUGGUACUCGAAACUCGGACCCCCAAACCCACGGGACAGUCUGGCGGCCUGUGCAUCUAAAGGAAAGAUCUACACCUCAGGAGGGUCAGAAGUGGGAAGCUCUGCUUUGAAUCUGUUUGAGUGUUAUGACACGCGUACAGAGACGUGGCAGACGAAACCCAACAUGCUGAUGCCGCGCUGCAGUCACGGUUCAGUAGAGACCAACGGGCUCAUCUACGUCUGCGGAGGAAGUCUGGGAAACAACGUAUCCGGUAGAGUCCUCAACGACUGCGAGGUGUACGACCCAAACACAGAAGAGUGGCGAGUUCUCUGUGGAAUGAGAGAAGCACGUAAGAAUCACGGUCUGGUGGUCGUAAACUCAAGAAUAUAUGCCGUCGGUGGACAGAAUACAUUAGGUGGGCUGGACUCGGUGGAAUAUUACGAGAUCGGCAGUAACGAGUGGAAGAUGGCGUCGCCGAUGCCGUGGAGGGGUGUGACGGUGAAGUGCGCGGCUGUGGGCUCCGUGAUCUACGUGCUAGCCGGGUUUCAGGGCGUCGGGCGUCUGGGUCACAUCAUGGAGUAUUACACAGACACGGACAAAUGGGUGGUGUCCAGUAAAGUCCGCGCGUUCCCCGUCACCAGCUGUCUGAUCUGUUUGGUGGACACGUGCGGCGCAAACGAAGAGGACAUGAGUUCUGCAUCCUCCUUGUCUGCAGACGGACGAAUGUAACGUUGCCACGGCAACCGUUACGGCUUGAAGACGGAACCGCUGGAACCCGACGGAAACGUUUCGCGUUGAUAAACGUGACAUGCCUUAUUCAUGAAACAUGAGCAGAACACAUUUGCGUAAAUCGUUCAUCAGUACAUUCGUACGUAGAGUUUUUUUACAUUUUUUAUUCAAUGGGACAAUUUAUGUCCAAAUGGUCUUGCGUACAAUUUACACAGAAAUGUGUUGUGCUCAUGUUUUAUGAACAAAGUCUGUUUGGUUGUUAAUGUGCCAAGAGGUUUGUUGCAUUAUAAACUUACUUGAUUACGGUUUGUGUCUGUAAAGAUGCAGAUGUGACGAGUUAGCAUUACUCGAAUUAAACUGAUCAGGUUGAAACGUUAGUUUGUUGAGGUUAUAAACAACGUUAUGCUGACACUUGUGUCACAGUAUUUUGUUGUCUUUAAGACACAUCUUAUAAAACCCAGCGGACUGCUGUCAAGAGGACUAAAUUCCCUGAUCUUUCCUGGUCAAUUUUUAGGAACAUUUUCCUGCCUUAUGCGUUUUUCUGUGAGUUUCCCCAUUGGGCUUAAACAGUUGUAUUUUUAUGUUGGUUUUAUGCUUUCAGGAUAUGUGUUUUGGUGUGUUUGUAGUGUGUAAACACAUUGUCACUUUAUUUUUUAAAUAAUUAUAAUUUUAUCAUCUUGAUGUUGUGAAGCUACAAAAAUACAGGCUAUAAUUAUUAUUAUUAUUUGUAUUUUUUUUAUUGAAUUAAUCUUUUUUUUUUUUUAACAAUUCAGUAAAAAUGGAAAAACCAA